AUGAGCAAUCAGUACCAGGAGGAGGGCUGCUCCGAGAGGCCCGAGUGCAAAAGUAAAUCUCCAACUUUGCUCUCCUCCUACUGCAUCGAAAGCAUCCUGGGCCGGAGGAGCCCGUGCAAAAUGCGGCUGCUGGGAGCAGCGCAGAGCUUGCCCGCCCCGCUGGCUAGCCGCGCCGACCAGGAAAAGGCCUUGCAAGGCUCCCCCAAGGGCAGCAGCACCCCGUUUGAGGCCGAGCUGCACCUGCCGCCCAAGCUGCGGCGCCUGUACGGCCCCGGCGGGGGCCGCCUCCUCCAGGGAGCCGCGGCGGCGGCGGCGGCGGCGGCCGCGGGGGCCACCGCGGGUCCGCGGGGGGAGGCCCCUCCGCCACCGCCACCAACGGCGCGUCCGGACGGCGCGGGGGCCGCCGCGGCCGCCGCCGCUGUCGCCGCCGCGGCCUGGGACACGCUCAAGAUCAGCCAGGCGCCGCAGGUGAGCAUCAGCCGCAGCAAGUCGUACCGUGAGAACGGGGCGCCCUUCGUGCCGCCACCGCCCGCGCUGGACGAGCUGGGCGGCCCGGGGGGCGCCGCGCACCCGGACGAGCGCCUCGGCGCAGCCGGCGGCCCCGGCGCUAACCCGGCGGCGGGUGGUGGCGCGGGCGCCGAGGAGGACGAGGAGGAGCUGCUGGAAGACGACGAGGACGAGGACGAGGAAGAGGAGCUGCUGGAGGACGACGAGGAGGAGCUGCUGGAGGACGAUGCCCGCGCGCUGCUCAAGGAGCCCCGACGCUGCGCCGUGGCCGCCACCAGCGCGGUGGCCGCCGCCGCCGCCGCCGCCGCCGCCACGGUGGCCACCGAGGGCGGGGAGCUGUCACCCAAGGAGGAGCUGCUGCUGCACCCGGAGGACGCCGAGGGCAAGGACGGCGAGGACAGCGUGUGCCUGUCUGCGGGCAGCGACUCCGAGGAGGGGCUGCUGAAGCGCAAACAGCGGCGCUACCGCACCACGUUCACCAGUUACCAGCUGGAGGAGCUGGAGCGGGCCUUUCAGAAGACGCACUACCCAGACGUCUUCACCAGGGAGGAACUGGCCAUGAGGCUGGACUUGACUGAGGCCCGAGUCCAGGUCUGGUUCCAGAACCGUCGGGCGAAGUGGCGCAAGCGGGAGAAGGCGGGCGCGCAGACCCACCCUCCGGGGCUGCCCUUCCCCGGGCCACUGUCGGCCACCCACCCGCUCAGCCCCUACCUAGACGCCAGCCCCUUCCCUCCGCACCACCCCGCGCUCGACUCGGCCUGGACAGCCGCCGCCGCCGCGGCCGCCGCCGCCUUCCCGAGCCUGCCCCCGCCUCCGGGCUCGGCCAGCCUGCCGCCCAGCGGGGCGCCGCUGGGCCUGAGCACUUUCCUCGGAGCCGCUGUGUUCCGGCACCCAGCCUUCAUCAGCCCUGCGUUCGGCAGGCUCUUUUCCACCAUGGCCCCCCUGACCAGCGCGUCGACCGCAGCCGCGCUCCUGAGACAGCCCGCUCCGGCCGUGGAGGGCGCGGUGGCAUCGGGCGCGCUGGCCGACCCCGCCACGGCGGCCGCAGACAGACGCGCCUCUAGCAUAGCCGCGCUCAGGCUCAAGGCCAAGGAGCACGCGGCGCAGCUCACGCAGCUCAACAUCCUGCCGGGCACCAGCACGGGCAAGGAGGUGUGCUAA